AUGCUUAUCGGACCGGAGAAUGUUGGCAAGAGUACGAUCCUGAGAAUUUUAAUUGAAGCAGAACAAAUACUUGAUUUACCAUCAACAGAGGUAUUAGAUAAACCUGAGAAAGUGCUCAAUAUUGUCACUUUAAAGCUACAGGAUGGAGCAAAGCAAGAUUGCAAUAAACUUUAUACAAAAAAAAUCGAUACCACUGUUACACCUGUUAAAGUGAACCAAGCUUAUAAAGAAAGCAAUCCUGUAUCAGUAUUGGGCAAAAGUAGUAGCGACAAUGGAAAUGAUCAAUCGGCUCAAGAUGCCAAAACCAGAAAUGAGAUUUCUUCAGACAUUGAGGACAUUAAGGAGUUAGCUAAAGGGCAACAGAAUCAAUAUCAAAGUCAGGAUGAACAUCAAUACGGAACUUUUUGGGAUUUUGGUGGCCAACGUGCGUACCAGCUAACACAGGAACCCUUCCUUUCUGGUAGCUGUAUUUAUAUUUUAGUCUUUAACAUUGCUGAAAGUAUAGAUAGUAAAGUAUUAAAACGAAAUAAAGAAAGGACAGGCGAUACCUAUCUUGAAAGAUAUAAAGAAUGGCUCACAUCCAUUAUUGGCGACAGCGAAGAACGGCCAGAAGUAGAAGUAAAGACUGAACCAUAUAAAUUUCCAGUUGUUAUUUUAGUGGCUACCCAUGGCGACAAAAUUAAAUGUGUCAAAGAUCGAAAACAAAAAUAUAACAAAUUUCGAAAUACUAUAUUGGAAGCGCUUCCGUCCUAUUCAAAAAAUAUCUGCUCUAGCAAUAUUAUUUUUGACCGCGGCCAAGAAGAUAACAAUAAAAACAAUAAAGAAUGUCGUACAAAAUUAUUAAAUUAUAUAAAAUCUUUUACUGAAGUUUUACCCUUCGAAAGUAGAGAGAUUCCAACCAAAUACUAUUGCAUGGUUAAUAACCUCCAUAGCAAGAGAGACAAAGUUAAGAAUAUUAUGACUAUAGGCGAAGUCAAGAGAUUGGCAAUGGAUUGUCAGCUUUACGAAGAAAAUACAGAUUGUAAGAAUGUUGAUGGCGAUCUAAGAAACAUGUUAGAAUAUUUACACGAAAUUGGCGAAUUAUUAUUUUGUCGUGUGAGAACUGAAAAACACAUUAUUGUUACCGAUAUACCAUGGUUAAUUAAAAGUUUUCGUAAAGUAGUCAAAUUGAUAGGUAAGGAUAAUGUCAGUAACGGCUACCUAUUGGCAUGCUACAAUAAGGCUGAAAAGGAAGGAAAAUUAUUGAAAGGCGUCAUUGAUAUGGCACUGACAAGCAAAGAUUUAACUAGCGGUGCAUCAGAAGCCUGUGAAUUAACUAAAGAUGAGAAGGAACAUAUACUGGAAAUUAUGGAGUACUACAACAUAAUUUGCCCAAUUCAAACAGUUGAACAAACUGAUAAUGCUGUUUAUAUUGUUCCUUGCUUAGUGACUCCUGGAGCAUCAGGAACUAUUGAAACAGAAGACGAUAUGAAAGAGUCCGAGUUUUUAUUCAUAAAAUGUAAUGAAAAGAAAUUACCUUUCAUAUCUGAUGGCAUAUUCUAUUGCCUUCUAGCGGCUUGCCAAACAGUGUGGAAUAAUAACGACGUCAUAAUAAACUAUAGAUGUGCGCGGUAUUAUGUGAAGGAAGGCAAGUACUUUAUUAUUGUUAGAGAAGAUCUUGUAUUAGUUUGCAAUAUCAAUAUUACGUAUCAAAUGAUGAUAAAUGGAAGGAUGCCUACAUUUCUGGAAAAUGAUUGCUUAUUGCAUAUAAAGUGUUCGAGUAAUACCUGUAACCAAUAUAUUGAGCUAAGUCAAAACGAUCAGGAUGAUAAUGUAGAAAAAUCAUGUAAAAAGUGUAAUCGUUCGCCGGAUUUGAAAUCGUUAGAUGACUGGGGAAUGAUAAAAGAAGGUUCGUCGACUUCCAAACGUGAUAAAGCUACAAUAUCAGGAAAGCAAUCAGCUACUGCGUUGAACCGAUCACCCGAAAAUUUAUAUUCAAAAAGCAUCAUUACUGAAAACCAUAAGGAGGAAAUAUUUGCCGAAAAAACUAAUUCCAGGCAGUUAUCAAAACUACUAGAUAUUUUACCCGAAUGUGGAUCCAAAGCAUUUAGAGGCUUCGUUAAAGCUGUUCAAAAAUGCAAUAAAGAUCUAGGAAAACUUUUAGAAGAACAUAUUUGA